AUGCACAACCUCACAGCAACAGCCCUAUUCUCCCUCCUCGCCACCGCGGCAACCCCGGCGUCCUGCAACAGCAGCGACGCCGCUACCGGCCGUCCAAUCGUUCAGCUCGCCGGCGGCACCGUAACCGGCACCAUCGACCCGUCGACGCCCUCGGUGCGCCAGUUUCUCGGCAUCCCGUACGCGCAGCCCCCUCUCGGCCCGCUGCGCUUCUCCCCUCCGCAGCGGCCAACGUCACCGCUCGGCGACGUCGACGCCACCGCCAUGCCGCCCAGCUGCAUGCAGCACCUGUCGUCCGACGCCGGGUUCUACACGCGCGAGGUGCUCGAGUUCAACCUGCGCGGGCUCAACGUCACGGGCCCCGUGUCGGAGGACUGCCUGACGGUCAGCGUGUGGACGCCCGAGUCGGCCGGCGCCGGCGCGGACCUCCCCGUGCUGAUCUACGUGUACGGCGGCGGGUUCCAGACGGGCGGCGUCGACGUGCCGUACCAGCUGCCGCCCAGGUGGGUGGAGCGGACGCGGUCGCACGUCGUCGUCGUCAUGAACUACCGCCUCAACAUCUUUGGCUUCCCGUCCGCGGCCGGGCUGGACGCCACGGGGCAGAACUUGGGGCUUUUGGACCAGCGGCUGGCGGUCGAGUGGGCGAGGGACAACGUUGCGGCGUUUGGUGGUGAUCCCAAGCGCAUGGGGCUGUGGGGGCAGAGCGCGGGGUCCAUGUCGGUCGGGGCGUAUGCGUUUGCGUAUGCCGAGGAUCCGAUCGUGAACUCGUUCAUGAUGAACUCGGCCACGGAACUGUCGAAUAAUUUUACGCAGCCGCUGCACUCCAACUUUACGUUUGUGGCCGGGAGGGUCGGCUGCGGUGGAUUAAAGGCCGCGGAGGAGUUGGAGUGCAUGAGAAAAGUGCCGGCUGGCGAGAUUGCAUCUUUGCUGAAGGAGUAUGCCGACUCUGGGUCGACGCCGGGGUAUCGGUUCUGGCCCGUCGUGGAUGACAAGUUUGUGUUUGGGGACUACGGCAAACUGUACCGAGAGGGCAAGGUUGCAAGGAUUCCAGCCAUAAUCGGCAGCAAUGCGCAGGACGGUAACCCCUUUGCGCCCUACAACCCUGACGGUGUUGAUCAAACAGCCGCCGACGCCGCGAAACUCUCUCUGUUCUUUUGUCCUGCGUUCAAGACAAGCCUCAACCGCAUCCGAGCCAACGUCCCCACCUUCCGCUACGAGUACUUUGGCAACUUCUCCAACGUCUCGCCCAAGCCCUGGAUGGGCGCAUACCACUCGGGCGAGCUGCCCAUGCUCUUCGGCACGCACGGCGACUUCCGCGGCGAAUCGACGCAGCUGGAGUGCGACACCAGCGCCGUCAUGCAGGACGCGUGGCUGGCGCUGGUCAGGGACGGAGUUGCGGGGGUCGAGGCGCUCGGUUGGCCCGUCUACGGCGGCAACGUCGUGCAGCAGUUUGGCAACGGGGUCGCAAGCAGGAGUGGGGAUGCGAAGGAGUGGGAAGCGAGAUGUUGA